CUUUUGACGUUUUGAUAUUAUCAGUUGUUGAGUUGUCAAUGUGGUUACUGUUUAUUAUUGAUUUUUUUAUGUAGUCCAGAUACUUCUUUGGACAUUUUUCAUUGCAAUAAGUUUCUGAAAACUAAUAUUCUAUCACAGCAAUGAGCAAUAAAUUGAGUGCAAAGUUUUUGGAAUUACUACGUAACUUAAAGCCAGAUGCAGUUCCUCGUCCACCGCGACCCGAAGAAUUUAAUGAAAAUAUUCAGGAUCAAGAUGAGAAUGUGAACUAUUCCAAUACCAACAGAUCCGAAGAUGGCAAUGCAAAUGAUUUGAAAAAAGGCAAAAAGAAGCCAAAGUACAAAAAAUCUUUUUCCACACCCAAUGACGAACCAUCUUCUGCUUUCGACGAAGACGAUAAUGAUAGACGUAGUAGUAAUGGAAGCAGUGUUGUUAAUACGCAAUCUGGCGGAAAUGUGAUAAAUAUUGUCAAUGCAAGUAACAUUCGCUGGGGGAAUGAGUUUGUCUACUAUUUGGGGCCGGUCAAUGGUCACCCACAAAAAAGUAGUCCUAAGCAUGAUGAAGAACAAGUCGAAAAAACAAACCUUAUUUCUCUACUAAUGGAAUCAAAAAUUAAGCCUGAACAUGAAUACAUCGAUUAUAUUUCUAAAAAUCUGGGCAAGAACUGGUACAGCAUAUUCCGAGCUCUUGGAUAUACUCGUGGACAAAUAGAAACGGCAGAAAUUGAUAUGGCCAAAAAUGGUGUUGCUGAGGCUCGCUACAAGCUGCUCUUGGAUUGGGUGCGAAAUGACGAUGAUGGUACUCUAGGCAAACUCGCGACCGUUCUGUGGGAUGAAGGGGAAAGGCAUGUGGUGAAGGAACUAGCGGCCUUGUACAAAAGGAACAAGAAGUAACUUGAGGCUAAUAUUGUGAUAUUGUGUGUAAUUGAUUAAGGAAACGGUGUUUUUUUUGUGUUGAAUGUAAAAGGUUUAUGAAACCGUAGAAUACUCUAAUAAAUGAGUUUUACUUGCUGCCAGUGAGUGGAAAUAUGAGGACAGAACGUUUUUUAAAUGAUUCUCCAAAUUACAAUAAAGGUUAUUGUCAUGUCAUGUCUUCAUUUCAUUCAUAUUAUAUUAGUGGGUAUUGUGAAGUAUCUGGGAAGAAAAGUACUGUAAGUAGUUUGAUUGCCGGAUAUUAGUGGAUGUUUAAAAAUCGAUAAAAUGCAGUUUAUUUCCUUUUUAAAGGAAUGUUUUCUGUCAGCAAUUUUUUUCGCGUCACCUGAUGUUAAGUGCAUUGCGUCGCCCAUAGGCACCAGUAAUGCCGGGGAAAUUGUCAGUGCGUUGCCGGCCUUUACAAUUUGCUAUUUCCAGUAUUCAAAGAACUUUCACAGUUCACUCCUGGGCUCGUAGAAAAUGUCCACCCUGUAUAUUUGUUUUCAAUUAAUGUAUAUGAUUAUUUGAAUUAUAUAAAUUGUUAUAUUUACACUGUUUGAAGGCAUUCCAUAAGCAUUUUAUGGAAAUUUUAAUGUAUCAAAUAGAUACCUAUACAGAUUUUUAGAAAAUAGGACAUUUUGUAUGUUAAGCACAAUUUUUUUUAUUAAUUUGUUUAUGUUUGUUUGUUAGAGAGGAAAUGUAUGAUUACUUAUAUUAUGUAGUAUAAAUAUGGAGGCAAAAAUAACACUAACUUAGAUAUGGGGACCAAGUCAAAAAGAUUUAAGCUGUUGAUAACAGUUGUGUCAAUUAGUAGGAAUAUCACAAGUGCAAUAAAUUUUCUAAAAUUUAAGGUUCAAAUUUUAUAUUAUUUACUAUGAUGUAUAUAAGAUAAAUAUAAGAAUAUUGUAACAGGCUGAUAUUUUUACAUUUUAGAUAGAAAUACUAAAGUUUAAACUAUUAUUUACUAAUAAAAUGUUGUUUGGAUAUUACAUGUGCCAAUUUACUUACGUUGUUAACGAACGAAAUGGAAGGCAGAAGAUAAAAACAUAAAUUUUUAAUUUUCUUAUAAGUAUAUAUAAUUAAGAAUAUUUUCUUGUGUAUGUGUAUUUUUUUUAUACCAUUAUAUUGAUAGUUUUAAGGAUAUUUUUAAAAUUAUACUCUUUAUUAGUUAUGAGACGUACAUUGGUUAUUCAGAAGAGCUUUAAAUUAUUGAUGCUAGAUAAUGAGUUCUUUAUAAUAUGAGAAGACACUUACAGUUUGAGUUUUCGUGUCGUUUUAGUUUUCUGAUUAUCCUUGUAUGUAUUAUGAUAGAAAUAGUAUAUAAAAAAAUCGUCAUGAAAGAUAUAAUUGUGCAAUAUUAAUCUCAAAUAUUUCGUUACGUAACAUCUUUAACAAUUUGUUCAAAAUUUUUGUUGCAUUAGAUUCCAUUAUUAUGUUGGUAAGGAAGAAAUAUUUUUUUGAAGUGAAUGAAGUUUUUUUCUAGUCUAAAAUUAUUUUAUAAUUUUUGGAAUAUGCUGUUAUCAAUAAAAUUUUACAUAU